AUGGCUCUAUCCAAGGACGACAUCAAGGUGUCGUGCGGUCAUACCAAAGAAAAAAAGGUGAUGUCAUGCCUGGAUUGCGGUUCAAGCCAGGUACCUCAAUUGAAGGGAUUUUCCCCAGGAAUCGUGUUAGCUGAACGGGAAUUCCAAUUGGUAUCUAUGGACUGUGUGAUAUCACUGUUGAGAUCUCGACACCGAAAUACCGCAUUGCUGCUGUGGCAGUGCUUAUUUACAGGGUUUGUGAUAGCCAACGCCGUGUCCAACACAUAUGUAAUAACAGUUGCGAAAUUGUUCGAAGAAUGCGUCUACCGAUGUUUCGAGGCUCCACCGCUAAUACGCCAUGUCCGUGACCUACGAUUCAUGAGUGAAGUAUUUCAAGUACUCACGGAAUUGAUACACGAUCAACAUUGA